AUGUCCUUGGAAGAACAGUUCAGAUCUUUUUCUACUUCUAUCUAUCCAACUACAGAAGAAAUAAUAGAGAAUAAUGCCUCGGUACUAUAUAAAAGAAAAAAGUUCUUUUUAGAAGACUUGAGAAGGAUCUUUAAAGGAAUUGGUUACAUUCUUAUUGUACUUGCUUACUUGAGAGACAUUUCCAUGUUCAGAUUUAUUAUUAGAGGUUUUGCACAAUUUUCUAUAUCCAAUCCAUACCCAGUCCCCUCGCCAAACGUAAUACUAUCAGAUGAGAACAAAAGAGCCAUGGCAAAGUUCUUAUUAUUGGGAGUAUUUGCUUCAAACUUGUUUUGCUUUGUUUGCCAUUUAAUAUGGGGUGCAUAUAAGAUUGCACCCCAGGUGCUGCUUAGCGCUGAAGUCAACAGUGCACAUGGCUUCCUUGCUGAGGGUAAUUCCAAUGAGUACGAUGUAACACAGGGUGCUGGAAGCGGUGUGUUAAAUAUGUUGUAUGGUGGGUUAACAAUCCAAUUCAUUGGAGAAAGAUUGCCUUAUUCACGCCUAGAGCUACUCGUUUUAGAUUUUUUCAUUUUUGUAGUUCAGAUCACUUAUCAUGGAUUGAUGUGUGUAGUGGAUGAUAGUAAAAUUUUGCAAGCUAUGAAAAAGAAUAGCAAUGGUGACAAUCACGAAGAAGAGAAUUACAUAUCCCCGGCCCUCAGAGACGAUGGAUACAAUGGAAACGUUGACUUGCUUAGCCUUGACAUAAUCAGCAACGUGAAGAAAGUCUUAAAAUACGAGCAUAAAUUUCAAAUGAUUGGUAUAAAUUUUGCAACUAGGAGAGCCGCCGGCGACUUGACCGUUGAAGGUUUAGGAAACGAGAAUGUAAAUAACACCAGUAGACCUAAUGAACCAGUAACGAUACCUGGUGCCUUCCCUGGGGUUUGA